AUGAUGAGCGGAGUAGGACCCGCGGGCGGUGCAUUAAGCCGGCGGCAAACAUCAAAGGGCCCUUUGACCGAGCCGACAGUCGACACCCUCCCCUCCCCUCGACCCCAACACACACCCCUCGACACCCUCGCGACUACCCGCGACGAUACUACAGGGCGGUGUCGUGAGACGUGGGGCUGGAGAGGCUCGUUAUCACACUCUCGGCGAGCCCGCGGCCCCGGCGACGUAUAA